AUGGCUGCAGUAAAACAUGCAACGCAAAUCAGGUUACCACCCUUACCGAGUAUUAAAGAUGUCAUUAAAUUAUACAAAUUGCGUGCUCUGCGCGAAUUAUCACAAAAUUUUCUUAUGGAACCUAGACUGAUUGAUAAAAUCGUUCGAGCUGCUGGUGAUAUUCAAAACCAUGUUGUAUGUGAGGUUGGGCCUGGCCCCGGCGGAAUUACACGAUCGAUUAUUAAACAAGCGCCCCGUAAACUGAUAUUAAUCGAGAAAGAUCCACGUUUCUUGCCAUCUCUAGAGCUUGUUGCAGAUGCAUGUAAGGAUAAAUUAGACUUAGAUAUCAUAACUGGUGAUAUAUUAACUACCGACAUAGCUCAUUUCAUUCCGAAAGACGUUAAAACUGAUUGGGAUGAUUCUCCACCUCCAAUAAACCUGAUCGGCAAUUUACCAUUUAGUGUUUCUACAAUUUUGAUCGUGAGAUGGUUAGAAAUGAUUUCAAAGCAAGAAGGCCCAUGGGCGCUUGGCCGCACAAGAAUGACGUUAACAUUUCAAAAAGAAGUUGCUGAAAGAAUGGCUGCUCGUAUCUUAGAUAAGCAAAGGUGUAGGUUAUCUGUCAUGUGUCAGAGCUGGUGUAAUGUGAACUACAAAUUUGAUAUCCCCGGUGACGCUUUUGUCCCAAAACCAGAUGUGGAUGUAGGAGUGGUCACUCUCACACCUUUGAAGAGACCAUUGAUGAAGCAACCGUUCAAACUGGUUGAAAAGGUAGUGCGGCAGAUAUUUUCUAUGAGACAGAAGUAUUCUAUACGAGGGGCUCAGACCUUGUUUCCGGAAGAUGUGCGAGAGGAAAUGGCACUCACUAUGUACAAAAUGGCUGAUAUAGAUCCAGUAACCCGUCCCUUUCAAAUAGCCAAUGGAGAAUUUUCUAGACUAUGUGAUGCAUACACUGAAAUCAUUAAAAAGUAUCCUGAAUUUGAGAGCUAUGACUUAAGAGCACCUAAGAAAUUAAACAAGAAAGAUGUAGAGAAUGAAGCUUGAUUUCAUUUAUUGUUAUAUUUUAUUUAGUUUGUAAAUAUAGGGAAAAUAUAGUUAAUAAAAAUCAAAUAAUUGGUU